AUGCUUGUUACAGCACUUCUCUGUAUUUUCGUUGGUCUUGCAAGUUCUCAAGAUUGGAGUAAGAAUCAUUGUGGCAGACGUCCAUUAAUAGCUCGUAGUGAUGAUGAUAAAGUUGUUGGUGGUAACCCAUCCGUACGUGGUGAUUGGCCAUGGUCGUGCUCUAUGCGUAGACCCACAAGUCACGUUUGUGGUGGCUCACUUAUUAAUGGUCAAUGGAUCAUUACUGCAGCACAUUGUGUAAGUACUAGUUUGGCUGCAAGUUCAUACAAAUGGCAUUGUGGUCUACAUGAACGAACCACAUUCAAUACGGAUAUAAACUUUGACAAUUACGUACUACCUGCCUGUUUUCCUGACAAAGAUGCUACUUAUGAAAAUCAAAUAUCAGUAGGUGCCGGAUGGGGUACACUAUAUUCUGGUGGAAGUCUUGCUACCGUUCAUAUGGAAGUUGAAAUGCCAGUUUUAACUGAUGAUGAAUGUAAAGCAAAAUAUGAGACAGAUAUGAUAGAUCCAGCACGUCAAGUUUGUGCUGGUAGACAUGGCGAAGGCAAAGAUACAUGUCAAGGUGAUUCAGGUGGUCCAUUAGUUGUUCAGCAUCCAAAUGGUCGUUGGUAUUUGAUUGGUUUGACAUCAUGGGGUUUCGGAUGUGGUAAUGGUGGUGUUUAUACUCGUACUUCAUAUUUCCGUGAUUGGGUUUUGCAAUAUGUUUCAACUCUUCCAACUGAUGCUGACUAA